AUGGUGGAUUACCUGGUGAUGGGCUUCGGCCUCGCCGCGUGCGGCGGCUCGCUCUGCGGCGGCGUGCUGAUCGCCUUCGACUCGCACGCGCCCGAAAAGCUCAAGCUUUCCCAUCUCCUCAUCUUUCCUCUCCCCCAAUCUCCCCCUUGGCGCCUUCUCCAUCUUUCCCCCAUCCCCCUGGCGCAACAGGCGGAGGAUGCGGAACCCAUUCGCAACGGCGAGUCGCUCAUGGACCCGCCCUGCCUACACCGCAUCUCGCGCCCAUCCCACGGCGCCGCGCAUUCCUCCGGCGGCGCCACGCGUCCGUCGCUCACUGGCUCUCGCCCGGCAAGCGCGCCGAUUCGAACCGACCGACCUGAGGCGCAACCGACGGCGCGUAUGCCGCCCGCGAAUCACGGCGACGAGCGGAAAGAAACGCGCCACGUGGCUUCAGCUGGCCACCGCCCGCAUCCGACGCGGUCGCGCUCCUACGUAUCGUCUCCCGCGGAGCUUCAAGACGCGAAGCCCCUGCACUCGCGCUCACACACCCCGCCCUUCCCCCCUUCAUACCAACCCCCCCAUGCGCCGGACUUUCCCCCGCACGCCCCCCCGCGUUGCCCCCCCUCGUACCCCCCUUCCGCCUUCCCCAACCGGCCCGCGGGUGCGCCCAUAUGCCCGCCCGCGCAGAGGCAGCAGGGGGGCCCGGGGGAGCAAACGGCGCACAGGCAGCUGGAGCAGGGGCUUAGGACGCUGCCCAGACUGAAGGCGUUUGGGAAGGAUGGGCACAGGAGGCGUGAGGGGGAGGAUGCGAGCAGGAGGUGUGAGGGGGAGGAUGCGAGCAGGAGGUGUGAGGGGGAGGAUGCGAGCAGGAGGUGUGAGGGGGAGGAUGCGAGCAGGAGGUGUGAGGGGGAGGAUGCGAGCAGGUGUGAGGGGGAGGAUGCGAGCAGGAGGUGUGAGGGGGAGGAUGCGAGCAGGAAGUGUGAGAGGCUGGCUUGUGCAAUAGCAGCAAUAGAGGCUGAAGUGGGGCUGUGCAGAGGGAAAGAGAGGGGGGUGGGGAGCGCCAAUGCUAGUUGA